GUUUGACGGCUUUUUAUUGGACAGUUUGACCUCUUUUUGUUGGAUGGUUUGAAGUCUUUUUGUUGGACAGUUUGACCUCUUUUUGUUAGACAGUUUGACCUAUUUUUGUUGGACGGUUUGACCUUUUUUCUGUUGGCCGGUUUGAAGUCUUUUUGUUGGACAGUUUGACGUCUUUUUGUUGGAAGGUUUGAAGUAUUUUUGUUGGACAGUUUGAAGUCUUUUUGUUGGAGAGUUUAAAGUAUUUUUGUUGGACAGUUUGACGUCUUUUUGUUGGACCGUUUUUGUUUGUGUCUGUCUCCUCAAAGAUGAACUGUCUCUGGUUUCUGAGCAUGCUAAGUGUAUUUGUCCUGUCACUGAGGGAGGAGUCGAGCUGUGCGGCGAUAACCCUGAACUCUGUCCUCCUUCCUUGGGUGUCAGGAGGAGGAAGAGGAGGAGGAGGAGGAGGAGGAGGAGGAGGAGGAGGAGGAGGAGGAGGAGGAGAAGGACUAGGAGUUGGAAGAGGAGGAGGAGGAGGUAUCCACCUCCAUCAGAGGAGGAGGAGGAGCUGGGUGUGGAACCAGUUCUUUGUCCUGGAGGAGUUCACCGGAGAUGAGCCACUGUACGUCGGGAAGCUCCACUCUGACAUGGAUCAUGGUGAUGGUCAGGUGAGGUAUGUCCUCAACGGUGAGGGAGCGAUGUCCAUCUUCACCAUUGACGAGAACACUGGAGACAUUCAUGCCACCAAGAGGUUGGACCGGGAACAGCAGGCUUACUACACUCUGAGAGCCCAGGCACGAGACAAAAACACCAAUUUGCCGGUCGAACCCGAGUCCCAGUUCAUCAUCAAAGUCCAGGACAUCAAUGACAACGAGCCCAAGUUUCUGGAUGGACCGUACACGGCCAGGGUGGCUGAGAGGUCUCCUGUAGGUACGUCUGUGGUGACUGUGGUGGCGACAGAUGCUGAUGAUCCCACUUAUGGAAACUCGGCCAGACUGUUUUACAGCAUCCUGCAGGGUCAGCCUUACUUCUCUGUAGAACCAAAGACAGGUGUGGUGCGGACAGCUCUCUCUGACCUGGACCGGGAGGUGCAGGACCGUUACCUGCUGGUCAUCCAGGCCAAAGACAUGAUUGGUCAGAUGGGAGGUCUGACAGGAAGCACUUCAGUGACAGUGCUGCUGACCGAUGUCAACGACAACCCACCACGCUUUCCCCGCAAGAGCUACCAGUUCAGGGUUCCAGAGUCGGUUCUGGUUCCGGUGGUCGUUGCUAAGAUCAAAGCUCUGGAUCUGGAUGUUGGUCCGAAUGCUGAGAUGGACUACAGGAUCCUGGAUGGAGAUGGACUGGGAACCUUCAGGAUCAUCACUGAUCCAAACACACAGGAAGGACUGGUCACGCUGCAGAAGACUCUGGACUUUGAGACCAAGUCGAGCUUCACACUGCGCGUCGAGGCGUCCAAUCGUUACGUGGACACUCGUUUCCUGGCGACGAGUCCGUUCAGCGAUGUGGUGACGGUUCGUCUGUUAGUGGAUAAUGUGGACGAGCCUCCGAUCUUCUCGUCCUCUGUCAGUCAGAUGGAGAUCUCUGAGGGAGCCGCAGUGGGAUCUGAUGUAGGAUCUGUUUCAGCUCAUGAUCCCGACGCCACGAACAGCCCGGUCAGGUACUCGAUAGACAGGAAGUCCGACGUGGAGCAUUACUUCAACAUCGACAGCAGUUCCGGUGUGAUGACGACAGCCAGACCUUUGGACAGAGAGGUCGUCGCCAUGCACAACAUCACCGUUCUCGCCACAGAGAGUGUGGAUCGGUCUCAGGUGGGGAAAGCUGUGGUUCUGGUCUCUGUGACGGAUGUUAAUGACAACGCUCCGAGCUUUGCAGUCGAGUACAAAACGUUCGUCUGUGACAACGCUGAACCUGGACAGGUUGUCGAGACCGUGAGCGCCGUGGAUCGUGACGAACCAGAGAAUGGACAUCACUUUCUGUUCUCCCUAACUGCUGAGGCUGCUGGGAACUUCACAUUGAGAGACAACAAAGACAACACGGCGUCCGUCCUGACUCUCAGCCUCCUGCGGCGUGAUCAGCUGGUUCACUUCCUGCCGGUUGUGAUCUCAGACGGCGGCCGUCCGGCUCUCAGCAGCACCAACACGCUGUCCGUCACUGUCUGUGACUGCGACGUCCAUGGGGAGCACCGCUCCUGCAGACAGGGGCCGCCGCCGCUGCCACUGCUGCCACCGCUGGUGGGUCUUAGCACCGCCGCCACCGCCGCCGUCCUCACCUGUGUCCUCACACUGCUGGGUGUUGUCACGUUAAUGGCUGCUGUCACACACAGAGGGGAGGAGCCUCUUAUGGCCGACGACGAGAGAGACAUUCGUGAAAACAUCGUCCGUUAUGAUGAUGAAGGCGGAGGAGAAGAGGACACGGAGGCCUUCGACAUGUUCGCUCUGAGACACCUGAACAAAACCAAACCAGUGCUCCGAGACCAAGACGUUCAGGUGCUCCGAGACGUCCAGGCACCGCUCAGAGACAUCCAGACGGCUUCCUUCCGAGAUGUCCAUGCGCUGCGAGACGUCCAGGUGCCGCUCGGAGACGUCCAGCUGGCGUCGCUCGGAGAGGUCCAGAUGGCUUCGUUCCGAGACGUCCAGGUGGCGCUCCGAGAUGUUCAGGCACCGUCGCUCCGAGACGUCCAGGCACUGUCACUCCAGGAUGUCCAGGCAGUGUUGUUCAGAGACGUCCAAGCGCUCCGAGACGUCCAGGCGCCGUCGAUCCAAGACGUCCAGGCCAGAACGCUGGAGGUCAGGAUGGAAAAGAACAAGCUGUUCCAGGAGUUCAUCAGGGACCGCCUGCAGGAGGCCGACCUGGACCUGACAGCUCCACCCUACGACUCUCUGCAGACCUACGCCUUCGAGGGCAGCGGGUCGGCCGCCGAGUCACUCAGCUCGUUGGACUCAAUGGACUCGUUUGAGUUGGAGCAGAACUACGACUUCCUGAGAGGGUGGGGGCAGAGGUUCAGGAAGCUUGCAGACCUGUACGGACACCAGGAGGGGGACGGAGCCUCGUAGCGGAGGUUUGAUACGGGUUGAUAAAAUAAAAUCAGCACAGAGAAAUAUUAACAAUAAAAACUCUGAAUACCAGAAUUAAUUACAAGAGUGACAGAAGUUUUUAUAAAGUCUUAA